AUGCUACUUAAAGCGAUCUAUCGACCCCAGAACCUGUACUGUCUACAUUUGGACACGUACUCUGGCAAUGAUAUUCGAAGUGCGGCAAAAUCCUUAGCUGCUUGCUUCAAUAAUGUCUUCCUUGCCUCAAGGUCAGAGUACGUCACCUAUGGGGGUUUCUCUCGUCUGCGCGCCGACAUCAAUUGCAUGGAGGACCUACUUUCCAAGACACAGAAAUGGAAGUACAUGAUUAACCUUCCUCGACAAGAAUAUCCCUUGAAAACUAAUAUAGAACUCGUAAAGAUAUUGAAAAUUUACAAUGGCUCCAACGACAUUGAAGGCAUCACAGGCAAAAGGAUGUUGCCAAUUCGCUAUCAGUAUAAGCAGGAGUAUGUCUCCAGUAAUUCGGGUAGAAGCUUGCUACUUGGCACCCGUGAACUGAAGGAGAAAUCCCGUAUAACAUCACCAUUGUGA